GGUGGUGCUGUCUCUUUUGCACACGUUUCUCCCCACCCUGGCUCCGCAUAGACCCUUCUCAAACAGAUGCCCCUUGGUUCACACAUCCCUCUCCCUCCCUAGGUAUGAGGACCCCUCAGGGAGGUGGGGAGUGGAGGGCGGGCGCUGAUGGAGACGCGCACCGCCGGGACUAGCUCCAGCUGUCACCCCCACUACACACACACACACACACACACACACACACACACACACACUCUCUCUCUAGCUGUCACCCCCACUACACACACACACACACACACACACACACACGCUCCCAGCAUCUGGAGCCGCGUACCCACGCCCGCAACACGCACACAGACUCGCAAGCUCACACAGACACACUCACACCCGCGCGUAGACCCCGCCCGCGGCCCCGCCCCGGCCCCUGCGGGCGCCCCCUCCGGCGCUCGAGGACCCGCACACAGCCAGCGCCGUGUGGCCGGAGGCGGCGGCUUCGGGCAGAUUUGAUUUUCCCGCAGCCCGGGCGCCCCGGAGCCGGAGCUCGAGCCGAGGAGGUGGUGCUCGCAGCCGCGUCGCCAGCCCCGCCGCCGCCGGCUCGGAGAUCCAGCGAGAGGCGGCGCAGCCCCUUUGCUCGGAGCUUGCUCCAGGCUGCCGGAGUCCCGCCACCCCCGCAUCCCGCGCCCCAUCCGGCACCCCACGCCCCUCUCCCUCUUCUGCGCCCCUCUGCCCCCCGCCCCAAGCUCCUCGCCCCUCUCCCGCUGUCCCUCUCCACGACUCCCCGCGUCUCUCCACCCCUCCUCGCUGCUCCCCAGCUCCCUGGGCUCCUUCCCCGUCUCCGCUGGGCCCCCAGCCUCCUCGUCGCGUCACCUGCACCCCUUCCUCUAUCCGCGGCCCCCGCUCCCUCCGCCCCCCUUCCCUUUCUCACUUCCCACGCCCCCUCUUCGCUCUGCUCUCUCCUCCCUUUGCUGCCCAGCCUCGGCUCCGGAGUUGGGGGAGAGCCCAGGGUUUCGGUUGAUCCGGAGGAGGCGUGAAUUGCGCGGGGAUUGACUAAUUUGGGGUGGGGGGCGCGGUGGGCUAUGGAACAGCCCGAGGACAUGGCGUCGCUGAGCGAGUUCGACUCCUUGGCGGGCAGCAUCCCAGCCACCAAGGUGGAGAUCACCGUGUCCUGCAGGAACCUUUUGGACAAAGACAUGUUCUCCAAGUCUGACCCACUAUGCGUCAUGUAUACUCAAGGGAUGGAGAACAAGCAGUGGCGGGAGUUCGGACGCACCGAAGUCAUCGACAACACACUCAAUCCUGACUUUGUGCGCAAAUUCAUCGUGGAUUACUUCUUUGAGGAGAAGCAGAACCUCCGUUUUGACUUAUAUGACGUUGACUCCAAGAGCCCUGAUUUAUCCAAACACGAUUUUCUGGGCCAGGCCUUCUGCACACUUGGAGAGAUCGUGGGGUCCCCCGGGAGCCGCCUGGAGAAGUCCCUCACGAUAGGAGCAUUCAGCCUGAAUUCCAGGACGGGCAAACCUAUGCCAGCUGUGUCCAAUGGAAGUGGUCUUUGGAUGGAAAGUUUGAGAACCACUGGUCUGGAAGCCUCCGGUGGUGUCCCAGGGAAGAAAUGUGGCACCAUCAUCCUGUCUGCUGAGGAGCUCAGCAACUGCAGGGACGUCGCCACAAUGCAGUUCUGUGCCAACAAGCUGGACAAGAAGGAUUUCUUUGGGAAGUCUGACCCCUUCUUGGUGUUCUACAGAAGCAACGAGGAUGGAACGUUCACGAUCUGCCACAAGACCGAGGUCAUGAAGAAUACCCUAAACCCAGUCUGGCAAACGUUCUCCAUUCCCGUGAGAGCCCUGUGCAACGGGGACUAUGAUCGGACCAUCAAGGUGGAGGUAUACGACUGGGAUCGAGAUGGCAGCCAUGACUUCAUUGGGGAGUUUACCACCAGCUACCGGGAGCUGGCCCGCGGGCAGAGCCAAUUCAACAUCUAUGAGGUAGUAAACCCAAAAAAGAAAAUGAAGAAAAAGAAAUACGUGAAUUCUGGCACGGUCACGCUGCUUUCCUUUGCUGUGGAGUCAGAGUGCACAUUUCUUGACUAUAUCAAAGGAGGGACCCAAAUCAACUUCACAGUGGCCAUUGAUUUCACGGCCUCCAAUGGGAACCCCUCGCAGUCCACGUCCCUGCACUACAUGAGCCCCUACCAGCUGAACGCCUAUGCACUGGCGCUGACUGCCGUCGGGGAGAUCAUUCAGCACUAUGACAGUGACAAGAUGUUCCCUGCCCUCGGCUUUGGGGCCAAACUGCCCCCUGAUGGCAGGGUGUCCCACGAGUUCCCGCUGAACGGCAACCAGGAGAACCCCUCGUGCUGCGGCAUUGAUGGCAUCCUGGAGGCCUACCACCACAGCCUGCGCACUGUGCAGCUCUACGGCCCCACCAACUUCGCCCCCGUGGUCACCCAUGUGGCCAGGAAUGCGGCCACAGUGCAGGACGGCUCCCAGUACUCGGUGCUGCUCAUCAUCACGGAUGGGGUCAUCUCGGACAUGGCGCAGACCAAGGAGGCUAUCGUCAACGCUGCCAAACUCCCCAUGUCCAUCAUCAUCAUCGGCGUGGGCCAGGCGGAGUUCGACGCCAUGGUGGAGCUGGAUGGUGAUGACGUGCGGAUCUCCUCCCGGGGAAAGCUGGCCGAGCGGGACAUUGUCCAGUUCGUGCCCUUCAGGGACUACGUGGACCGCACAGGCAACCACGUGCUGAGCAUGGCGCGCCUUGCCCGGGACGUGCUGGCUGAGAUCCCGGACCAGCUGGUGUCUUACAUGAAGGCGCAGGGCAUCCGCCCUCGCUCCCCACCCUUGGCCCCAGCGCACUCGGCCCCCGAGUCCCCGGCCCGCACGCCCCCUGCUUCCCCUCUGCAUACGCACAUCUGAAGCCUGGUCUGCUCAGAUGGCUGGGGUUUAGUCCAGUAGAAAGGAAGGCAGGGUGCCCAGACCCCCUACAGUCCACCCAGCCCAGCCUUUGGAACACCUGUGCCUGGGAAGCUGGCCAGGGGCGGGGCUUCUGAAGACUUCUCCCUGUAUGGCCCAAACACCCAGUCUGGAGGUACAGGUGGUAGAGGUGGGGAUCUGGGCCCCUUCUCUUCUCUUCUUUCCCUGACACCUGGUUCUGGACCAGCCAGGAAGAUAUUAAUCAGGACGAUGGGGGUCCCCCUCAGCCCACCUGGGUAAUCCCAUCUGGUAUAUCACCCAGAAGCCUGGGCUGGGCCUCCCACCUCCAGGCCUCUUCUCCCUGCCUUCCUCCUGUGGUGUCUACUCUUAAACCUGGCCCCUGACCCCCACCCCAGUAUCUAUCCUGUUCCUAUUUCCAAUGAACCCCAUGAGGCUGCUGAGUUUACAGGUACCCGAACAUGUGAACCCUCACUGGAACCCUUGCAUGCAGUGGGAGUCCUGCAGACCCAUGAAGGGGAGGCUGUAAUGGUGGAUGUAGGUCACACAGUGGACAAGGGAUGGAGGUUUUUCAGGCACGGGGUUCUUUCUGGUGCCUCUCAAGCCCAGUAUGACACUGGUUCUAGACACAAAGAUCCACAGGCCUCUCCCUGAUCUGGGCUCACAGGCAGUCGGCUCCUGGCUUCAGGCAUCCCCUUUUCUCCCAGAGGCAUCCCAGGGUCCCUGGUGCCCACUCCUCUGCCGCCCACCUAGAGGCCUGGGCAAAAAGCAGCCCAGCCCCAGCACUCCCACACUGCCUCUCUACCCCAUGGGGACAGAGGAUGCGAGUCCUGCCUCUAGCCCCUGCCUGCUGUGGGAACCCAAGCGAGGCCUGUCUACCUUUACGGUCUCAGUUUCCACAUCUGUAAGGCAAGAGGAUUGAUCAGACGAGCCUGGGUUAAUCUUCAACUCUGAUGCCCUGACAGUCCAUUUUCCCACACCCAGCUUCCCCCACCCCCCUCCUUGCCAGUGCAACCCCUUAAGGCCGUCUUGGCUCUAGGGUCACGCUGUUCCAUCACAUCACACUAAACCAACCCUGGUCCUUCAGCCUUGGGCUCUGGCGUCUGCACCCAAGCCCCUGCCUCUGCUGUGGGAAAGGCAAGAAAGAUGAUCUCACCCCUGGGUCCACCCAGCUGCCCGGCCUUUUCCCACAUGCGGAGCAGGUCAUGCAUGCCAGUCUCUCCUGCCGCAUGGGGCUCCUUAGCCCACUGAACCUCCCGUGCCUGGGUGGAGACCAGGCCCCACCCUGUCUGCUGCCAGACACUGCUUCCCUUCCCGUCAUGCAUGAUGGUGGUGUUUCUACACUGUCUGGUCCUGUGCCCGUCUCUGAGACAGUCUCUGUGUGGCAUUUGCCUUAAACUGAAGUAAAUUUUGUUCUUUUACUAAA